CGUUAAGACCUGCAGAAUUGCUUUUAGAGGGCCGUAACGGAAGCCCUUUCAGCGAAAGGGCCCCAACUGGGGGAGUAAACUCUCGUUUUACUCUUUCACGUGAUCACUUGGUUCCGCUUGAGGCCUAUCUUACCAAUGCAUGAGGCAGUUCUCUCCCUUUCCAGCCUCUACUCAUUUUUGCUCUAUUGACAGCCAGACGACAUUCUGCGACAUUUCAGCGUCAGCGAAACAGUUGGAUAGCAGGAUCUCACACGUCCUCGAUCACAAUACGUAGAUGAUACACGAAAAGAUGAUAAGAAUACAUCUUUUACCCCUGUGGACCCAGCGCCAGCGCCAAGAAUCGUAUGCACGGUCGCAGAUCCGACGGUCCGUUGGAUCAAACUUCAACACACAGCGGUGCAGUGAAUAGAGAUUAGAAUAAGCCCACUGUACAAGACGAAUGCAGUGGAGAUUCAAGGAGAGAAGCACUGCAUCGCCUAAUGCUCCCGGCGGACGGAACAAUGCCCAGCAUCCUUGGCAGAGAACCUCAGCAAGCCAAAUUGGCGUACACAUGGACCCAUUUAAUAACUCUGCGCGGUACGACGACGACCCACGACACCGACACUCCCCAGAAACUUGGAAUAAUAGCCCUGCUCCUAGUCCACGCCCUUAUAAAUCAUCAGCUCUUUCACAGGCGUCAUAUACCUCAGUGAACACUUCCGUCACUGACGAUAUCCCUAAUGAUGGCAACAAAGUACCACGGGACAUUACACGGACACCCAGCCCCACGCCUAGUGAGUUGCAGGCCGGCAAUUUUAACAGGGAGGCCAUGAAAAAUUGGCGGUUUUGGAUUCGGAGAGAAUGGCUAUGGCAUUAUGUCAUAUUCAGCAUUAUCCUCGUCCUGAGUAUUCUCCUGGCGGUUUUCGACCAGCAGAUUAUUGACUGGCUUACACCAUUUACACGCUGGUUGCACGAUCUAAAAUUUGGGUGGCUGGUCCCUAUUGCAAUACUAUUCGUCAUUUCCUUUCCUCCUCUUUUCGGCCAGGAAAUUGUCGGCAUUCUCUGCGGUCUCGUUUGGGGUCUAGGGAUCGGUAUCGGUAUCGUGGCUGCAGGUACAUUGCUUGGCGAAGUUGCCAAUUUCUAUGCCUUCAAGUAUUGCUGCCGUGCUCGUGGCGAGAAACUCGAACGCACAAAUAUUACAUAUGCCUGCCUGGCGAAAGUUAUUCGAGAUGGAGGUUUCAAGAUUGCAUUGAUAGCGCGUUUGAGUGCAAUUCCACCACAUUUCACAACUGCUAUCUUUUCCACAUGUGGAAUGGGAAUCAUCGUCUUUUGUCUUGCGGCGAUUUUGACAUUGCCUAAAAGUUUUAUCAAUGUGUACCUCGGGGUCAUUUUGGAACAAUCAGCGACAGGCGGGAGUAACACCAAGUCCAAGAUCAUAACCUAUGUCGUUCUGGUCGUCUCAACCCUGAUUACCAUCGUCGCUAUGCGGUAUAUCUUGCUCCAGAUGAAAGAGGUGAAACCUAAAGUCAUUUAUGCGCGAAGGAAAGCCAGACAAGCAAAACUUGCGAGGGCUGACAUGCCUUACGACCGGUCGGAUGUCUUCGAUGCCUCCACUUCUGAUGUCAACAUCCCCUUGACUCUAGCAGUUCCUGGAGAAGCUGAGCGUGGAGAACUGUAUCCAUUCUCCCCAUCGUACCAAUACGGCUCGCACACUAAUGCUAAGCCUGCCGGUGUCGUUUACGCACCCACACCCAAAUAUGUGGAUGAUGCUUCUUCAUCUAGACAUUCGUCUCAGGAUCAUAUCAUGGCGAGGCCGAGUGUGGAUGAGGCUAGUUGGGACACUGGGCGGUAUGGACCGACACUGCCGCUUAAUACGCCUCAGCAUCAUCGAUCCUCUCCGCAGAUAGUGCCGCAGGAAGUGCAUCUACCUGUGUCGAGUCCUCGCCUGCUUUCACCUCACGACGUGCGACAUGGAGGGGAACCCACAGAGGCGUCAUAUCACACUGCUGCUGGGAAGGAAGCGUUAGAAACAUCUACUGUCACGGACAUCCCUGGCCAUAGAUUUGAUGCAAGCCGAGUGCGGUCACCACGUCCGCCAAAUUAUGCGACGACUGCGCGAUGACGGUAAUGGAGUAUAAAAUACAUAGCUUUUUUUUACUGGUUAGACCUUCUUAAUUAUUCAUUGCUGUUUCGGAUC